AGCUGAGAGAGUGAAAGAUUAUGAGCGCACUGCGCACCUGGCGCACUGUAAAUCCAGCACCCCUGUCUUCUCGGCGUAAUACGUCACAGCCAGUCAAUCCUCCACGUCCACGCUUGACAUUCUCCGUCGCUAAAACCGUUCUCGGACUCAACGGAGCGCGCGGCUUAACAGCGACUCGUCACCCAAUUCUCCAACUAAGAAUGACCGAGUCGUACAUGGCCGAGUCCGAUUCGAGCGUGGUAAAUCCACCUUAUGCUGAGAUUAUUGUGGUACGUCACGGCGAAACGGAGUGGAACGCUGACGGAAGAAUUCAGGGGCAUCUGGAUGUUGAACUUAAUGAUGCUGGGAGACAACAAGCAGCUGCAGUGGCUGAUAGACUAUCCAGGGAGCCUAACAUCUCUGUUGUAUACUCUUCCGACUUGAAACGGGCUUUUGAAACAGCACAGAUAAUUGCAACCAGCUGUGGUGGGCUAGAGGUUAUUAAAGACCCUGACUUACGGGAAAGAAACUUGGGGGAUCUUCAGGGCCUUGUACUACGUGAAGCAACAAAGCUUAGUCCUAAGGCUUACAAGGCAUUUUUAAAUCACAAGACAGAUCAGGAAAUUCCAGGUGGUGGUGAAAGUCUCGACCAACUUUAUGAACGGUGCACAUCAUCAUUGGAGAGACUUGGGAGAAAGCAUAAAGGAGAACGAGUGGUUGUAGUCACUCAUGGGGGUGUCAUCCGAGCACUGUAUAAGAAAGCUUGCCCGAAUGGAAGGUCUGGAGGAAAAGUGCUGAAUACAUCCGUCAACAUAUUUCUCUUGUCAGACGGGGAGAAGUGGACCAUAAAAUUGUGGGGUGAUACCAGUCAUCUCAACCAAACAGGAUUUCUGGAAUCGGGAUUUGGUGGGGAUAGAACUUCUGGUUAGUUUGUGGCUUUGUGCCUGGUGCGCUGGCAUUUUUGGUGCCAUUUAUUUCCAAGCAGUAGCAGGCUGGACUUCUGAAAGGUACUAGCAACUACUUGGCAUUAUUGAAGGCUCAAUUAAGAGUGAUGGCUUCGUCCAACAUAUAGUAGAAUUGGCUUUUCUAUGUUGAUGCGUAUAUUUUCGUCGUUACUGUUGUUAUUAUGUACCACCCACACUGCAACUUAAUCCUUUAUUGAUGAUCAAUCAAAAUGCUAUAGAAAGUUUUUACCUAAA